AGCCCAUGCUCCUGCCGAUGUCUCUUCUUCUGUCCAUGGCGUCACGACGAAUCCGGUCCUGCUGCAGAGGGCGGGCGUGCCGUGCUCGGUGGCGGCCCUGGCCAAGAUGCGGACCAAGGCGCUCGCGUACCCGGGCGUCCGGGAGGUGAUGUUCCAGGCCUGGGGAGACAGCGCGGACGCGCUGGUGAGCGUCGCUGGCCAGCUGCUCGAGCUGGACAGCCUUGCCCUCGAGGCGAUCGAGGCGAAGGGCGAGUCCGCCCCGCUCUUCUCCGGCUCGGUCGUGGUGAAGCUCCCCUUGACGCGGGACGGCAUGCAGGCCGCGGCGCGGCUGCGCAGGCGGCACCCCCAGGCGAGGGUGUGCAUGACCACCUGCUACUCCGCGCAGCAGGCCCUGGUCGCCUCGGGCCUGGGGGCGGAGUACAUCGCCCCCUACCUGGGGCGCAUGAGCGACCUGGGCAUGGACGGCAUCGAGGAGUGCGCGCGGAUGCACGCCGCGCUCGGUGGGCCCCCCGCGCCCGCGACGCGGGUGCUC